AUAGAAACAUUGUUUAAGAAGUUAAGAUUUGAAGUCGAGGUGAAUGUAGACUGCAACAGAAAGCAGUUGGAGGAAGCAUGUUUGAGAUAUCAGAACAUGGACCACAGUCAGUAUGGAGCGUUCGUGUGUUGCAUAGCUGCUCAUGGAAAUAAUGGCUGCAUAUAUACAGCAGAUUCUGAAUAUGAGAUUAUAAAAAUAAUGACAUUUUUUUACGAUGAUGUUUGUCCAACAAUGAAGAACAAAAUAAAACUAUUCUUUGUGAACUGCUGU